CGUGAUUCCAGAAGCCGACGGGCAGACGGCAACCUACAUAUCCCUGUGCAGCGUGCCCGCAUUGCAGUCGAGUCGGUGGCCAGAUACGGGGAAGAAGAAGCCAUACGAGCUCCUUAGAAUGGCCGUCAAGUAUAACGACACUGAAAGUAAAGAAAAGGCUGACCCGGCGUUUCGAUAUGCAACAACGGAUCUGGACUUCCUGCCUCUGCCUGGGGAAGUAUGGAGAGGAGAAUGGGCUGGCAAGAGGAUGUCCGCUGGCUGGAAUUCCCGCGUCGAUAAGUAUAUCGCGCUCGGGAUAGACACUCGUAGUGCAGUCAAGAUUGCACAGGCCGCCAAGCUGGAUCCCUUUUUCCAGCCCCUCUGGAAGAGAUGUGAAGCGACGGGGUGCACAGCGAUCGAACGUCCUGGCUCCAAGAUGAAGCGUUGUCACGGAUGCCAAAGGAUCUUCUAUUGCGACGCAGCGUGCCAGAAGGCACAUUGGAAGGAGCAUAAGUCUGCAUGCAAGGGAGGAAACCAUCCGCUGCAGAUCCUGCGAUCACAGACGAUCUAUAAAACGAUUCUCAAGGAAGUCAUUAAGCCCGCCGAGGAACGUCUGCUGCACGACAGUGCCACCGACUCGGAGGCCGCGAAGUCUGACGGCGCCGAGAAUUGAUUGCCGUACCAUGUCCCUGUUUAUGCUAUCAGUGUUGUACAGUGUAAGAUAAUCGAUGUAGGACUGACCCGCUACGUAAAUGAGAUCAACGAUAAAUCUGUGGUGGCUUGUAAGUGGUCCAUCCCGUUUUUGCAUAGGCUUCAUCUAUUCGCCCAACAUGAUGCGAUGUACGGCUCGCGGGAUGUGGUUCCUGCGAGUGA